ACGAAGAGUCCUGUAAAUAAACUGCUAACUGGCAAUCAAAAUCAGUGAUAGAGGUUUCAUUCUGACAGUUUUAAAACUUUUCAUUCUGCCAUAUGCGAUUAGUUUUAAAAAGAUUAAAAAAAUGUGUACAAAUGAUUCGACCGUAAUGUGCCAAAAUGAGCUCUUCCAAGGGUAUUCAGAUGAACUUCUAACAUUUGCAUCUACUGCUUGCAUAAUGUUUAUGGUUAUUGGCGUGCCUGGAAAUCUACUAACGAUUUUUGCCUUAUUAUACGGAAAGCAAACACGAAACUCUACAGCAAUCUUCAUAAUAAACUUGUCUACAUCUGACCUGCUUUUUGAUUGUUUUAAUUUGCCUCUGGCGGCCUCAACAUUUUUAAGCCGAUCAUGGAAUCAUAGUGAUAUUCUUUGCAGAUUGUUUCCAUUACUUCGUUAUGGUCUACUGGCGGUGUCUCUUUUUACAGUUUCACUUAUCACAAUAAAUCGAUAUAUAAUCAUAGCUCAUCCACGGAAGUAUCCUAGAAUAUAUCAGCGUCGAAAUCUUGGAUUUAUGAUUGCUGGGACAUGGAUAACAUCAUUUACUUUUAUGAUUCCAACAUGGAGAGGAGUAUGGGGUAAAUUUGGCUUAGAUACUGAAAUUGGAUCCUGUUCAAUAUUACAUGAUGAAUAUGAUAGAUCUCCAAAGGAGUUUCUUUUUGUUAUAGCCUUUAUGGUACCAUGUCUUUGUAUUGUACUAUGUUACGCCAGAAUUUUUUAUCUGGUAAGAAAAGCAGCUGUUCGUAUAAAGGAUCCAGCUUCAAAAAGUAUUUCGUUUCGAAAUGAGGAAACUAAGUCUCCGCCAAAACUUCUUGAAAUUAAUGAUUAUGAAAAAGAUCAGUCUGAUCAAAUGAAACUACAACCUAUCACUGAAGGUGCAAUAACACAGCUUAAUUUUAUUGAUGAUGAUAUCGAGUAUAUUGAUGUAUGCAAUUCAAGUGAAAACAUGCCGAUUUCUUACAACAAUAAUGCAGCGAGCAAAUCCAACACAAAUAGUACAAAAAAUUCUAUUCAGAGUAACUUGAAAGCGAAGGAUAAAAGCCCUCUUAUUAACAAACCAGAGUUAACCACGAAUCACACGAAAAUACCUUUGAGAACGUCAAUUACAAAAUUCAAUACGAAAAAGUCGCAUUAUAUUUCGGUUGGAAAUAACUCGAACGCAUCUGCAAUUUAUCCAGGACGAAUGAGUCAAAAAGAUCGAAGAUUAUUAAAAAUGAUUUUGAUUAUAUUUGUGUCUUUUAUAAUUUGCUAUUUGCCGAUAACUAUUACCAAAAUUUGGAAGAGCGUUAACAAUAUUCAUAUUGUUAAUAUUAGUGGAUAUAUACUAAUUUACAUGACCACUUGUAUUAAUCCAAUAAUAUAUGUUUUGAUAUCAUCUGAAUACAGACAGGCUUAUCUUAAUUUAAUAAAAUGUCAAAAGGAUCAUAACCAUAGAAAGCAAGCAAAAGAUGCAAAGCGAAAAGGAAAAACGGUUCAGUAUUAAAAAUCUAUCAGAUUUAAAUAUAUUAUGUAAUAUGUACAAUAAUUAUGU